UCUUUUCCCUCCAAUAAAAUCUAGGGUUUUCUCUGCUGCGCCUCUCCCCCCACCAUCUCAUUGAAAUGGAUUCGGAUCUUAACAAUCUGGAUUCCCUCCGCAUCACCUCCCUCGACGACGAUGAAGGGGAUGAAGAUGCCAUCGAAAUGGACGACGACGACGACGACGGCGACGACGAGGCAGAAGACGAAGUCGCAGGGGGAGGAGUUACCCUGGGGUUCGUCGAGAAGCCGAAGAAUCCUCACUCGCUUCUUCGUCAGUUCUUCCCUAGCAAAGCCGGAGGCGUCCCCGCGUGGUUGGAUCCGUUGAACUUGCCUUGGGGGAAAUUUCGCACGUGCGGAUUCUGUGGAGAGCCACUACUGUUCCUUCUUCAGAUUUAUGCAUCGUUGCCUGAGAAGGAAUCUACAUUCCAUCGGAUACUGUAUGUGUUCAUGUGCCCAUCUAUGUCCUGCCUUCUUAAGGACCAACAUGAGCAGUGGAAGCGUGAUGGAGAGAAUUCUUGUAGAAGUGUGAAGGUUUUCCGGUGCCAACUACCUCGUUCUAAUCCUUUCUACUCGUUCGACCCCCCUAAGCACAAUGGCAGAAAUGAACCUUUAACUGCUGGAGCUGAACUCUGUUGUUGGUGUGGCACUUGGGUAGGGGACAAAAUCUGUAGUAAUUGCAGGAGAGCACGCUACUGCUCUGAGAAACACCAGUCUAUGCAUUGGCGCUCCGGCCAUAAAAAUGAUUGCCGCAGGCUAGCGAAUCCUUCAGAAGCUUCUGUGCCUAUUCUGGGCAAUGCUGCCUGCAGAACUUUGUGGCCUGAAUAUGAAAUCGAAAACGAGGAUGAAUGUUUGUCCGACUAUGAACAUUCUGAAGAUACUAGUAGUGCAACUUCUUUGGUGCCCGUACAGAACAAAACAGAUGAGGCAUUUCAAUCAUUGUCAGACAAGUUUGCGGCUGACAAUGAUAAGGAGAAUUUUGCAUCGUUCCAACAACGUAUUGCUAAAGCCCCUGAGCAAGUGUUGAGAUAUUGUCGAGAUCUGGCUGCAAAACCGUUGUGGCCAUUAUCAAUUGGUCGUCCAACUAAAGCAGACAUUCCCAGAUGCAACUACUGCAAGGGUCCCCGUUCUUAUGAAUUCCAGAUCAUGCCUCAGCUGCUUUAUUACUUUGGUGUGAGAAACGACCCUGAUUCACUUGACUGGGGGACUAUUGUUGUGUACACAUGUUCGGGAUCCUGCGAUUCAAGUGUGAGCUACAAGGAAGAGUUUGCAUGGGUUCAGCUGUAUCCUACGUGUGCAAUGCCGUAAAAGUUCUCCAAUAUAUUUGAGCAGGUUAUCCUCCGAAGAAUAGGUCACUCUUGCUCAACAAUUUCCUCGACGAAAACAAGUUUAAGCUACAAAGAGCGUUAUCACUGGCUCGGCUCGAUACAAGUAGUACUUUUUUUUUUAGGAUAGCAGAUAAAAAAGAGUAUUAAAGGACAGAAUCUUUAAAAAAAGAAGAGUACCGAGGGAGAACCGCCUUAUAAAUAGUUCUAAAAUUGGUUAACUUGAAGCCUUGCGAUGUCACCGUGUCACGAGCUUGUGUUCUUCUUGGCGUUUUGGUAUUUUUAUUUUUCCUAUUGCAUUUUGUAUUAAAACUACAAAUCAUGUAACCGUUCGAGCUUCAAUA